CGUCCGCCCCUCCCCUGCUCCUAUCCCUCCCUUCUCCCUCCAAUAAUUUCUUUCCCGUCCUCCCGCAAAGCCCACCCCGCAGCAGAAAGGGUAGGAGGGCGGAGGAAUCUCCAUCUCCACCUCCGUCUCCACCUCCAUGCCCCCGCCCCCCGCCGGGCCCGGCUCAGAUCCCCCUUGCGGCGGCCGCUAGCCGAUCCGCCUAGCCCCGCCCGAUCCGAUGGGCGGGGAGGUGCCGGAGCCGCGGCGGCUGAGCCGCGCGCUCAGCUUCGGCUGCGUGCCCGACGAGGCGCUGCACCUGGUCAUGGGCUACGUCGACGCCCCGCGCGACCGGGAGGCCGCCUCGCUCGUCUGCCGCCGCUGGCACCGCAUCGACGCGCUCACCCGCAAGCACGUCACCGUCGCCUUCUGCUACGCCGCCGACCCGGCCCGCCUCCUCGCCCGCUUCCCGCGCCUCGAGUCGCUGGCCCUCAAGGGCAGGCCGCGCGCCGCCAUGUACGGCCUCAUCUCCGACGACUGGGGCGCCUACGCCGCGCCCUGGGUCGCACGGCUCGCCGCGCCGCUCGAGUGCCUCAAGGCGCUCCACCUGCGACGCAUGACCGUCACCGACGACGACGUCGCCACGCUCAUCCGCUCCCGCGGCCACAUGCUGCAGGAGCUCAAGCUCGACAAGUGCUCCGGCUUCUCCACCGACGCCCUCCGCCUCGUCGCCCGCUCCUGCAGAUCCUUGAGAACAUUAUUUCUUGAAGAAUGCGUGAUUACUGGUGAAGGUGGUGAAUGGCUUCAUGAACUUGCUGUCAACAAUUCUGUUCUCGUGACACUGAACUUCUACAUGACUGAGCUCAAAGUGGUGCCGGCUGAUCUGGAGCUUCUAGCAAAGAACUGCAAAUCAUUACUUUCUUUAAAGAUCAGUGAGUGUGACCUUUCAGACCUGAUUGGUUUUUUCGAAGCAGCCAAUGCAUUGCAAGAUUUUGCUGGAGGAUCGUUCAAUGAGGUAGGAGAGCUAACAAAGUAUGAAAAAGUCAAGUUUCCACCAAGAAUAUGCUUCUUGGGGCUUACGUUCAUGGGGAAAAAUGAGAUGCCUGUUAUCUUCCCCUUCUCUGCUUCAUUAAAGAAACUGGACUUGCAGUACACUUUCCUCACCACUGAGGAUCAUUGCCAGCUUAUCUCAAAAUGUCCAAACCUAUUUGUUCUCGAGGUGAGGAAUGUGAUAGGAGAUAGAGGGCUAGAGGUUGUCGGCGAUACAUGCAAGAAGCUACGAAGACUUCGAAUUGAGCGAGGGGAUGAUGAUCCAGGUCUACAAGAAGAGCAAGGAGGAGUUUCUCAGUUAGGCCUGACAGCGGUAGCUGUUGGUUGCCGUGACCUGGAGUACAUAGCUGCCUAUGUAUCUGAUAUCACCAACGGUGCUCUCGAAUCCAUCGGGACCUUCUGCAAAAAUCUCUACGACUUCCGGCUUGUCCUGCUCGACAGACAAAAGCAGGUAACCGAUCUGCCGCUCGACAACGGUGUCCGUGCUCUGUUAAGGAGCUGCACCAAGCUCCGGAGAUUUGCUCUCUACCUGAGACCUGGAGGGCUCUCAGACACAGGCCUCGACUACAUCGGGCAGUACAGCGGCAACAUCCAGUACAUGCUACUGGGCAACGUUGGUGAAUCCGACCACGGAUUGAUCCGCUUUGCAAUCGGGUGCACCAACCUGCGGAAGCUUGAGCUUCGGAGCUGCUGCUUCAGCGAGCAAGCCCUGUCCCUCGCGGUGCUCCACAUGCCGUCGCUCAGGUACAUAUGGGUGCAAGGCUACAAAGCCUCUCCAGCAGGCCUCGAGCUCCUCCUCAUGGCGAGGCGGUUCUGGAACAUCGAGUUCACGCCCCCCAGCCCCGAGGGCUUGUUCCGCAUGACGCUCGAAGGAGAACCCUGCGUGGACAAGCAGGCCCAGGUUCUUGCCUACUACUCCCUUGCUGGUCAGAGGCAGGACUGCCCUGACUGGGUGACCCCGUUGCAUCCAGCUGCAUGAUUGUUUGUAAAUACAUCUAGUUGUGUGUACGUACGUACUCUACUGUAUUGCCCCUUGGGGUCCCUUUGGCAAGAAACGUAUCUGAAUAUGGUAAUUUGUAUGGAUGUAGAUCAUUAGCUUAGCUGCUUUGGUGCCCUAAUAAGCUAGUGCUGUAGUGCUGUAGCUGAGGUGUAGUGCAAUAAGUUGCCGUUGUCGCUUGUACUACUAUGUAUGUAAUCCUGGGAAGUUGUAUGCUAAAGUUGCUCUGUGCUUUGAUCCUUGA